AUGGCUCUGCGCACAUCUGCUGAGAACGCCGAAGAUGUCGCUGCUGGCUUCGCAAUGUUCCGGGGCCCAGUCCCCGAGAUUUCAUCCGAGGUGACAUCGCUUAUCGCGGACUUAUACGCCAUAAGCUCAUUGCUUUCAAUCCUGGAAGACCUAGGCAAGGAUUACCGCCGUCAGCUCAAUCUCGCCCGUAUCCAACCCGAUCUGAGCAUGGUGCAGGCAAGUCUGAAAUACACUCUCGAGGACAUCGUCAAUUUCUUCGGUCGUCUCAGCGGCCCGGCUGUCGUACCGGAUACUUAUAAGCACACAUGGCUUUCCCUCAGUCGGUUCUUCUGGGACGAAUCGAGAUACACGCUCGCAACCCGCCUGGCCAAGUACAAAGCAAUGCUUAGAGAGCUAAGCGAGAUGGCGAAAGAUAAGCACUACAGCUCCCCGCUCCUCGACGGCCUCCGCAAUGGCAUGAACACCCUCCUCUCCAUCCAGGACAGCCGACUCGCUUCCCAGCUGGGGCGCAUGUCAAUGGGUCGCCGACAUCCGUCAAACAGCAGCGCGGAGACGCCCAGUCCUGUCGGUGAUCGGAGACCCAAUCCUGGUCGCCGGCAAAGGUCGUUCGACCGCCAGCGUCCUUCCCAUGCAUCCCCUACAUCGCCGCAAUCGCCCUCUUCGGGCAAUUUCUCGGAUUUCCCGUCAUCUAUUCCGGAUGUUCCUCUCUCGCCGCCUGCUUCUACGACUAAUACUACUGCUACCAAUGGCACUAGUCGCUCCACUGCCUCUGAUACUAUCAAAUACCAUUGGGCGAAGGAGGUAUACGGGACUUGCGAUACGAAGACUCCUCUCCCGCCUGUAUCUGCGACAUCUGAUUGUCGAGGCGAAAACCAUCCAGGAGUCAAACAAGCAAUCAGAGAAAAGGGUUUUGAAGAACUUUUGAAGCUAUCCGUCAACGACGAUUCAGACAUGAGCGUAUCCUUCUGGCUACGAGAAAAAGACCACCGAGCCCGAAUAAUGUGCAAGACCCCUCGCCGCGGUAAUAGACCAAGUGAAUACUUCUGCCUUCCUCUCAAUCUGCUUGAGAUUUUGCGAGAGCGGUCUUGUCUUCGGUUGUGUAGACGACGCAAGUCUGGGACUGAGCUUGUUUUGUGGACUUUGCUUAAGUUUACUACUAUGGAAGACAUGGUUCUAUUCCAUAAUACGUUCAUCGCCCUGCGCUCCCAAGACGCAGGCCACCCUCUCCGUCAAAUCCUAGAUCACGAACUUCAAGAUGAAGAUGAAAUCUUCGGAGGUAAGAUAAACGACGACGAAUACCCCCACGCUCUCCGCGUCUACCAAGACCAAGAAACAGGAGCUGUACGUCUCCAAUCAUCGAUAAUGGAAGGCGGAAUGAGACAAACACCCGUCUGGACAGCCUUCAUAACAAAACACAUCGUAAAACCACGCCUGUUCCAGCAGCACGACUCAACAACAAUCCACAUACGCGGUCUGAAACCUGUUAUCUUCAUUUCGGCGGAGGAGUACUCGCCUCCAAGGAAUAGGCAUGGGGAUCAUAUUUUGAAGUUUACGACUGCAUCA